CAAAGGCGACGCUUCUGCGCUCAGGUCUAUAAGUUACGUGUUCUGGACAUCUCAAUGAUGUAUAUGAUACAUUAAUCUUUGGGAAAUCUGUUGCAUGAUGUGGUGUGGUAGCCCUGGUAUAACUGCGUCAGGCCUGGGUAUCGUAUCUCUGUAUAGUGCUGUCUUGCGGUGUGCCGCGCCUAUGCUUGGAUUCGCGUGGCAUAUACGGACGAAUCAUUUGCUGUAGGUGUGGUUCGAUGUCGUGUGUUUGAUCGUAAUAAAAAAAGUUGAUUCUAGCUUAGACAAGAAGAGACGGGAGAGGGACGAGAAUGGCUGGAAGAUUACCUGCGUGUGUUAUUGAUGUGGGGACCGGGUAUACUAAACUAGGCUUCGCCGCAAAUAAAGAGCCUCAGUUUAUUAUUCCUUCCGCAAUUGCUAUUAAAGAAUGUGCCAAAGUUGGUGACCAGGCUAUUAGACGACUGACAAAAGGAGUGGAAGAUCUUGAUUUUUAUAUUGGCGAUGAAGCAUUUGAAGCCACUGGUUAUGCAGUUAAAUAUCCUGUUCGUCAUGGAUUAGUGGAAGACUGGGACUUAAUGGAGAGAUUUUUGGAACAGUGUAUAUUCAAGUACCUUCGAGCUGAACCAGAAGACCAUUAUUUUCUUCUCACUGAACCCCCACUUAACACACCAGAAAAUCGAGAAUAUACUGCAGAAAUUAUGUUUGAAUCUUUCAAUGUUCCUGGUCUUUAUAUUGCUGUUCAAGCUGUAUUGGCUUUAGCAGCAUCUUGGGCUUCAAGGUCUGUAGUUGAAAGAACUUUAACAGGAAUUGUGGUUGAUAGCGGUGAUGGAGUCACUCAUGUUAUUCCUGUGGCUGAGGGGUAUGUGAUUGGAAGUUGUAUAAAGCAUAUUCCAAUUGCUGGACGCAAUAUCACAUAUUUUAUUCAGUCGCUUCUUAGAGAACGUGAAAUUGGAAUUCCACCAGAGCAAUCUUUGGAAACUGCAAAAACAAUCAAAGAAAAGUUUUGUUAUAUUUGCCCUGAUAUAGCCAAAGAGUUUGCCAAAUAUGAUGGUGAUUCUUCUAAAUGGAUCAAAAAGCAUGAAGGAAUUAAUUCUGUUACAAAAAGUCCAUUUGUUGUUGAAGUUGGAUAUGAACGUUUUCUUGGGCCAGAAAUUUUUUUUCAUCCUGAGUUUUCAAAUCCAGACUUUACCACUCCCCUUUCAGAGAUAGUGGAUACUGUUAUUCAGAAUUGUCCAAUUGAUGUUCGGAGACCUUUAUACAAUAAUAUAGUUCUGUCUGGAGGAUCAACUAUGUUUCGGGACUUUGGACGAAGACUUCAAAGGGAUAUUAAAAGAACUGUGGAUUCUCGGUUGAAGCUCAGUGAGACACUGAGUGGUGGUAGAAUUAAGCCCAAACCAAUUGAUGUACAAGUCAUUUCUCAUCAUAUGCAACGAUAUGCUGUUUGGUUUGGUGGAAGCAUGCUAGCAUCAACUCCUGAAUUCUACCAGGUGUGCCAUACUAAAGCUGCUUAUGAAGAAUAUGGGCCUAGCAUAUGUCGUCAUAAUCCAGUUUUUGGUACUAUGACAUAAUUUUAAUAUUUAAGCAUUUAUAAUUAUUAUUAUUAUUGUUUGGUUCUAGAGACAGUGAUGACAUGAAUUAAUUUCCCAAAGUUUAGGUCAAUAACAAAUACUCCCUAUCCUAAAAACCAAAUUACAGUGAAACUUCAUUUAUACGUUUUUCAGGGGACUGAAGGGGAAUAUGUAUUAGUGAGAACAACGUGAAUUGAGAAUGAGAAAAAUCUGAGUGCAAUAUAAAAAUUCAAUAUUUAGACAGUAUUAUUGUGUGAGAAAAAGAAAUGGAUAUAAUAUUCUCAAUGCAUAACAUUUUGAAAAAAAAAGUUCCACUUUUGAAAGAGUCUGACCUUACAAUAAGACCAUUUGCUUUUCUCUGCGUCUCCAGUGUAAAUUUCGCUCUCAAAAUGUUACAAUUGCCCAUAUUACUUGAUUCUCCCAUAUUUCAUACAAAUAGGCCUAAUAUUUGCUGUGCAAUGUUGGCCAAGAUUACGUAAAGCUGCUCCGGGCAACACAUUAUGCAAAGCCAUAGGGAUCAGAGAGUAUUGUGGAACAUUAGUGGGCACUAGCAUCAUUAUACUUGUACCCUAUGGUUUUGUUCAGUCUCCACUGUUCCUAUCACGUUUAAGUGGAAGGCUAAUAUGCCUUGUGUACCAACAAAAUUAAACAACCUGAACACUGGACAUAACACGGAUUCCUUUCUCUAGGAUGAUGUAAUCAUUCUCACUUACUAAUCAUUGAUUCCGGUAUAUUGUCAGUUCUUUUAUUAUGGACAUACUAGCAAGAAAACAAAUGGUGUAAAAUUAAUUCCUGAAAUAAUUUAACAAUGGCGGUAUAGAAAUUUAGCUAGGACUUAAAACAACAGGACAUAUAUGUAAUAAACGUAUAAAUGCAAAAUGUAUAAAUGGAGUUUGUUAUAAAACGGAAAUUGUGAAACAUUCAAGAACAUUCUGGAAAAUGUAGAUUAAUAAUGGAAUCAGUGUAUUAUCUUCAGUAUGAAGCUGAAGGAAACUGUCACGGUCCCCUAUGGAUGUAAUUUACACAACGGGGAAUGAUUUUGUAAACAUUAAAAAGAAAUCUGUAAAAUUAUACUAUACAAGAAACAGUGAUUCUAGUGACCUUUUGGUUAUGAGUAGAGUGUAAUGUUCACUUUUCUAAGACACCCCUUCCCCUUGGUUACCUCCUAACAAAAUACUAAAGGGUGACAAGGAUCAUAGUGAUGAAAAUGCAUUAAGGAAGCGGAGAUAAAGACAAAUUUUUGGCGUAUUUAUUACAGAAAUAGCACACAAUUCAAUAUUGCUUGUGUGAACCCCAGUUACAGGAUCCACGAAGUGAUGAGAGUGGUUCUCUGUUUUGUGAAUGACAUUAGUUUGAUGAAAACAGUACUAAAAUAUUACGGACAUGCAAUAAAAAAUAGUGUUCAUAAGGCAGCUACUCUGAACUGCCUCCCUAAAUGACUUCCAAUGUUGUUUUCUGGCAUGAAAAUAUUCCAAAGGAGUAAUCCUUUGGAAUAUUUUGCAGUUUGAGCAGUGAGGCUCCUUGCACACAAAGGGACUUUCCACCUGAACAAGUUGAUGAUUCAACAUCCGCCCAACAGGUGUCAGUUCUGUCAAGACAAUUGUCAAUAGCUGCAUUAAAUUGAACCUCACAUCUUGAAUACUCAAAUAUGCACACAAAACCAAAAAGUAAAACCUGGAAAAAUAUACAUGAUUGCACUGUCAUGUGGCAAUGAGUAAAAUCCAUAGUUGGUAUCUUCCAUGUUAAAGAAAAAGGAAAGAAAGAAAGAAAUGUUUAAUGGGUGGCAAGGCUGAAACCAUUUGGCCUGUUCUUCUGCCUGACCACGUGCAAAGAAUGGGGAUCAUUUAUGAGCCAGUGAACGCUGCACUUCACUCAUAACCAACAGAUCGCAAGAAAACCUAUUAUUCUUCCCUGUUUUGUUUUGCACAAUUUGUUGUUAAUACAUUAUUUUAACCUGGAGAAUGUUUUGGUAUUCAACAAAUUCAAAAAAGAAAAUCAGGUCUCCAAUACGUAAACAGAGGGUUUGACAUUAUCUGGAAAUGUCACACAAUUUUCAAGGAAUGUUUGUUUUUGUGUAAAAUUUUCUUUAUAAAUCUGCUAGUUUCUUCAACAUAUUGAUGCAUUCCACUAGGCAUGAUAGGAGAAGCUGCACAAGAUUGAAUGAAUUCUUAUUGAGACAUGUCUUACAACACCUCAUUACCCCUAGACUCGUGGACAUUAUGUGCAAUUGAAGAGAUUUUUCCAUGUUAAAAUACAAGAGAAGUGAAUCUGGAUUAAUAAUUUCUGAAUGAGACUUUGCUAUUAUAAGGAAGGAUGUUAUGAAAAUAUCUUCCUAUUGACAUGUGCUGCUAAAUUGUAGGUAAAAGUUCUGGCUGUAUAAAAAAUGUGCUUAUUAGCAUGUAACCUGGUUGUUGUAAUGACAUCAAAUCACUGCAAUUCUUAAAAUUUGGCACUAAAUCUUGUACGUGUGAAACCGAAAGUUACAACACCAAUUAAUUAAUUCUUUCAAUACAUGAUACAUGAUCCGAUUUUUUGUGUACCCUAAGUGUCAGUUUUUGUGUAAGUCAAAUUGUAUUUACAAACAAUAUUUGUUUGUUGGUUAGGGCAAUGACUGAAAUUCCAGCUGAAGAAAGGCUACUCAUAAGAGAAUUUUCAAAUAUAAUUUACUUUUAUCUCUUCAGGGGCUGAGUUAUUAUUUGAGUAAAAUCCCACAUUUCCUUUUUUAUCUGAAUACUUAAAUGUAAAAGUAACCUUUGCUCUUUUUUUUUUUUCCUCAAAAUGUUUCCACAAUUUGUCUGUCUCUGUCACUGCUCUUCACUCCUAUCUGGAAGUUUUUGUUUUUUCAUGGUGCAUUUGGCAUUUGUUGUAAAGAGUUUUUACUAUGCAGGACACUUUUGACUUUUUUAGCCAAUAUUCUUUGUUGUUUUGAGACUUUGUUUCAGAAUUGUUGCUUCAACUCGUGACUAUUGUCUGUUCAUUAUAGCAUUUGUUUUCUGACCAAAUCCUUACUGUCAUUAAUUUCUUUUCUUAUUCAGCUUUGAAUAAAGCGAUAAUUGUUUUUUGGGCGCAUAUUCUUGUUUAAUAUUAUCUUGAAUAAUUAUUCACUUCAGAAAUCUAAACUACCAAUCAUGAUGUAGUACCUGUAGCACCUUUGUACUUAGUAAAUCUAUACUGUGCAUUUUAAUACAGAUAAUCAUUGACUUAUCAAAAGAAAUACAUUUGCAUUUGUGAAAUUCAAAACAGGUCAGUGCCAAAUUUUACGAAUCUCCUAUUAACCUUUUGUAACCACCAUCAGUUCCAUUAUUUUUUAUUAUAAUUAUUUUUCUUGUAUACAAAGAGGUAGUGUGAUGCAUUGAAGGGUAUGUACAGUAUGUUCAUAAAUUAAGAGAUGCAAAGAAUAUAUGGGGGCCUGAGACAAUAUUGUGCCAGAGAACUUGAAUAUUUUAUGGUACAGUGUAUCUUAUUCCAUUUGAAGUUUUGCAUAAAUUCCAACUUUACAAUUUUUGAAAAUAGACUAGUUUGUAAAAUAUUUUGUUAUUGCUUGUAUUUUAUUAAUUCUAUGCUCAUGUUUUGUGCUUCUGUAUUAUUGAAUUAGAUUAAGUAUUUUCAUUUACAUUUUUAUAUCUUAUUAUUGAUAGUUUAUAUUAUUAACCAGCAUAGCCAGCUGAAGUUUUAGCGUUCUAAAUGAAAUUUGUUACAGUGAAGAAAAGUUGAGAAAUUUCAUGUUUUUAAAUCAUGUUAAAUCAUCAUUUUCUUUGAUUUUAGAACCUCUCAAAUUCAUUCAUUGUAAAAAUUAUGUAUAUACACAUGGAUAUCAUACGUACAUCAUGUUUCAGUUGUUUGCUUAUUGUGUUAGUAGGAUGACAAUAUCUCUGCUAGCAUAAUAUUUUCUUUUUCUUUAGUUCAUCUGCAUCAUGAAAACAUUUCAUUUUCAAUUGUGAUAAUUUGGGAAAUAGAUAUAAUCAAGAAAUUCCUUGUGUGUGCAAAAUUCAAAAUCGCAAAUAUUUAUAUAGUAUAAAAAAAAUUAGGAAAUUUCUUGUUCUGUACUGUUUACUCCAGUUCAUUAUUCAGUUUCUGAUACAAAAGUUACUUUUGAGUUCAAAUAUUUAUGCUUUCUAAAUUUGUUUUAAGCUGUUUAUUCUUAACAGCUUCAAUUCUAUUUUUGUAAAGUUUGAUAAAUUAAUUAGAAAACGG